AUGCUCAACAACCAGCCAUUCAAAUUCGUAGUCUUGUUUGGAUAUUUACUUACGAUUGAACUUAAAUUUGGUAAACUAAUCUUUUAUUUGGAAGAUGGUACUGAUGUUAUACGUUGUUUUCUGCCUAUUCAAACUGAUUCUUCACCUCAAUUCUCUAUCGCAGACGCUGUUUCCAUUACGGGAAAAUUAGACACUUACAACAACAAACGCAUCAUUUACAUCAACAGCAUUGCGAAGCAAUCGAAUUUAAACUUGGAAACUCAUUCUAUCGCGCUUGUUGAUCAGGCUGUUCACAACUCUCACUCUUUCAUCCUCCCUUCCUCCACAAAUCUCAUUAAACAAUCUGUAGACUCCCAAACUCGCCCUAGAAAGAAACCUAAGCUUACUUCGAAACUCUCUCAUCCUUCGAAACUCUCUCACAAUGACCUUACCCCGCACACUUUCGAGAUUUACAUGAAGAAUUUCAUCAAUCUCAAUUCACAGCAUAACAUAUCUAUCUUAUCACUCAAACUGAGUAACUCUCUACGACUACUCGCUCGAAGGCUUUACGAUUUGAGACAUCAGACAAGACUUAAUCCAUCAUCAUCCUCGGAAUCAAAACACGCCAAGAUAGAUAGGUUAUACACUCAAUCACUCAAUAAUUUAGUGAAGAAAGGAGAACUCAUCGUAUAUGAUGCUAUUUCAUUUGAUUCUAGCUCGAUCGAACUAACUGAGCCACCAUCACAAGAUGAAGAUGACCCCCUAGAAUCUGACUUGAGUGGUUUAUACGAACACUACAAAUGUCCUUCUGGACCUCUACUUAAAGACGCGUUAUUCAAUGUCAUGUCUAACCUCAAACAUCAAGCAUCUCUUCAAAUCAUCCACAAUAAAGUCACAAACUACCAAGAGAACCUCUCUACUCUCUCACAAGAUAGCAUCCAGAUUGGUCUCGAUUGGUUGGUAGAGUAUGACUACGCUAGCGUCACUAAAUGUGAAAACAAACCCGAUAAAUAUAAAUUAACAAUAGCUACCGACUAA